UCCAACAUGUUCCAUGAUAGGUGGGAGGUAAGACUGGCAAAAAGGCCAAAAUCAAGAUGUCAAAAGCUCACAAGGCCCAUGGCAAACGCAAGAUGUUGAGAAUUGGCCAUUUGGGUCAUGACAUGACCUGAAAAAAACAAGGUCAUAUCUCCGAAACCGAAAAUCACAGAAAUUUGAAAUUUUCAGUGGACAUCAAGAAAGGAUAGAAGAGCAGCUAUACGAAAAAUCAGCCUUCUAGCUCUAAAAAUAUACUGAUAUAUUCAGCUAGAGAUGCCACAAGUUGACAAGGAUGGCUUCAUUCUUGUUCGACACAAGAAUUCAAGUAGUGCUGCUGCUUCACUGGCUGCAAAAGGCAUUGCUCCACCUGUAGAUCUGAAGCCAGAGUCUAUUGAUCUUGCAGCAAUAAUACAAAAGGUGGAGCGGCUGCAGGAGCGCCUGGCCUCGUCCCAGUACCUAGCCAGUUUCCUCUCGGCUGUGGACGAGGGUCUGAGUCGGCAGCGGCGGCCGUCUGGAGGCGACGCUCCGCGCCCGCACAUCGUCUGCUACGGGCUGGGCCACGCGGCGAGCAGCCCGGCGCCGCAGCGGCAGCUGGCACUGCUGCUCCAGCUGCGCGAGCACCUCUCCGCGCCGUCAGUCGAGGUGUUCGACCCCGUCUUCUGGCCCGAGGAGAAGCAGCUGCUGCGCGAGCUGCGUCUGCACGUGCUGGAGACGGACGAGCAGUGCGCGCGGCGGCUGAGCGCGCCGGCCGUUCUCUACAUGCCGCACUGUGAGAACGCCCACUACGACAACCUGCUGCGGGCCAACUGGCACCCGGACCUGCUUCCCCGCCUGCUGCUGGUCGGUAACAGCUUGGCGUCAAUCGCGCUCCGGCUGCCUUCCAGCCAGCUGCGACUCGUGUCGUUCGUGGAGCGCGCCGCACCGCACGUCACGGAACGCUCCGAACGGAUUGCCGAGGCCGAUCUGCUUCCCGCCUUCAACGACACAGCCGUGCAGUGGUUCGAGGCGGGAGUGUUGCGCGCGCUGCCCGCGUACUUUUGGGACGAGGCGCCACAGGAGGCGUUCGUCCCGCCACAGGAGGGGGACUCGAGCGAUGACGGCAGGGGAAAGCCGCGCAGGAGGCGACGGAAAAAGUCGCGUAACCACAGCUAGCAUCGCCAGUGUUGGUUCUACCGGAAUUGAGGAUGUGUGCGAGGCUAACGGCUCGUGCUCGCCCGCCGCCGGGGACCGUGGCUCGGUGGGGAGCGCUGCAGUACGCUGUCGACUGCCGUGGCUGGCCGUAGCCGUAGCCGUGGCCGCUGCCGCUGCCGCUGUAGCUGUGCCGUGGUGGCGCAGCCAGAACCCGUCUCCUUGCGGCAGCGGAGAGUUUCGCCUGCCGGGAAUGUCAGCCUGUACACCGCUGCUCGGCUGUCCCGAGCUGGCCGAGGUCGAGAUCCUAGAGCAGGUCGGCCAGGGCAGCACUAAGAGCGUGUACCGCGGCCUGUGGCGGGGUCACCAGGUGGCUCUGGCGGCACUGGCCGAACCCUCCCUGCGAGCAGACUUCCACCACGGCCUGCAGAUGCUGCGCUCGCUCAGUCCCUCGGAGCACGUGGUACAGCUGGUCGGCUUCUGCGGGGAUGUGAUUGUGACUGAAUUUCACCGGCGAGGUGACGCCAGCGCGGCCGCAGACCUGGUGAGGACAGCCGGCGGCGCGACGGCCGCCCGCCUAGCACUGCGCCUGUGUCGCAGCUACGCGGAAGCUCUGGCGUUCCUGCAUAACUCGCCAGCGGGCCGACGUGUCAUGUGUGACUCGAAUGACCUCCAGAAGACGCUGCAGCAGUGGCUGCUGACCGCUGAUGACUGGCUGGUGGUCGCUGAUCUGGACGCACUGCCCGACGCUAGCGCCGGGCCCGUGCGCUGCGGACGGCGUCCCAUCGAAGGAGAGUUUGCUGCCCCAGAACAGAGGUGGCGCGACGGGCGUGAGCCGCCCGGCUACGACGAGAAGACUGACGUUUGGAAGCUGGCUGCAGUGUGUGAUCAUUUUCUGUCGGCGGCGCCUGAUGGCGAGUAUUUGAAACUUGAACUUCACGGGAUACACAAGAGAUGUCGCUCUGUCCCUGCGCGGCUGCGUCCAUCAGCCGCGGAAGUGGUGGAAGAGUAUGAUCGUGUUGUCCACGGAUUUAGCGAGUCAGAAUAUGUGUCACCGUCUAUGGUGUCACGGAUACUAUGAUGGUGCCUGCUUUUUGACACAUUGACGGAUUUAGCGAGUCAGAAUAUGUGUCACCGACACUAUGAUGGUGCCUGCUUUUUGACACAUUGUGAUAUCUAAAUAAUAAUGUAAAAGGAA